ACAGCUUACAAGCAAAAUAAACAAAAGCAGACUCCAAGGCUUAACCUCAAAAAUAUAUUUCUCCUUUGGCUUGUUGCCCUUGUGAAGAUGUCCAAGUCAUCUCGGCUUUUCAAGUUGCCCCCCGUUGGCUCCUCAUCCGUGUCCUCCAUUUCCGGCAGUGAAUCCGGACAGGGUUUAGAGGACAUGUUGCACGUGACACGGGUGCAAACUUCCCAGGUGGACGACGCCGAGUUAUAUUUGCACAAAGAUGAGGCCCAAAAAGCAAACGGGGAUCUCCCAAAGAAGGUUUGUACACCGGAUCUGGAGGAGGAGGUGCCCACCAGUCCACCCUAUGUGGCAUUGGUCAGCAACUUGCCCAUGGAGUGCACCGAACGCGAGUUGAACAAGGUGCUGACCAGCUUUUCGGUCCGUUCUUUGACUAUUCCGAAGAAGGGAAAGAGCCCCAAGGGAUUUGCCUACGUGGAGAUGGAUUCCCGGGAGGAUCUGAUUGGGCUUCUCAAGCUGGAGAAGCUCAAGUGCCGUGGUCGCUGUCUGAUGAUAAAACUAAGUCAGGAUCGGGAGGCCCCCUUAAAGGGAGGAGGUGAUGCCCGCAGUUAUGCCCCACUUCCUAGCAGCGAGUUCGAUGCUAACUCCGAGCAUUAUUCAGCCAGUGUCAGUGAUCUCAGUGUCCUAGACUCGCCAUCCAGUGAGGGUGAAUCUCCAACUCCCCUCUGGCCGAAAAGUGAGUCGUCCUUCUACGGCAGGGACACUCCCAUCACCCGGAAACCCAGCAGUACCGAGGAACUGGAACGCCGCAUGGAGAUGCGACUCCAAAAACUGGCCGAGUUCGAGAAUGCCGAGUCGGAGAGGGCUCAGAGCGAAAACCAGGAUGAUCAGGACACCGUCAGCAUGUCCUGGAGCGAGAUCCUCAGCGAGACUAGGAACAGUGAGGGAAUUUAGUUUUGUUUUCGAUAUUUAAGUUAUAAUAACCUCCAGCAAACCAAAAUAAGCGGGUUACUUGAGAGAUGUUUAGAUAUAAAAUGUACCCCGAGAUCCCAUCUUCCAGAAUAAAUGCCAUCAAGAUGGCCCUGCUUAAA